AUGUUGUCAAGAUCAAUUGCUAGAAUUUCAAGAUCUGCUAUUCAACAAAAAAGAUUUUUAUCUUUACAUGAAUAUAGAUCAGCUGCUUUAUUAAGUAAAUAUGGUGUACCAAUUCCAGAAGGUUAUCCAGCUACUACUCCUGAAGGAGCUUAUGAUGCUGCUAAAAAAUUAGGUACUAAUGAAUUAGUUAUUAAAGCUCAAGCUUUAACUGGUGGUAGAGGUAAAGGACAUUUCGAUUCUGGUUUACAAGGUGGUGUUAAAUUAAUUUCAUCACCAGAAGAAGCAAAAGAUUUAGCUAGUCAAAUGUUAGGUCAUAAAAUCAUUACUAAACAAACCGGUGCUGCAGGUAAAGAAGUUACUGCUGUUUAUAUCGUUGAAAGAAGAGAUGCUGAUAAAGAAGCUUAUGUUGCUAUUCUAAUGGAUAGAGCUCAACAAACUCCAAUUAUUGUUGCUUCAGCUCAAGGUGGUAUGGAUAUUGAAGGUGUUGCUGCAAAAGAUCCAUCAGCUAUUAAAUCAUUCCCAGUACCAUUAAAAGAAGGUGUUUCAGAUAAAUUAGCUACUGAAAUUGCAUCAGUUUUAGGUUUUUCAAAAGAAGCUAUUCCAGAAGCUGCUAAAACUAUUCAAGGUUUAUAUAAUUGUUUUAUUGAUAGAGAUUGUACACAAGUCGAAAUUAAUCCAUUAUCAGAAACUCCAGAUCAUAAAGUUUUGGCUAUGGAUGCUAAAUUAGGUUUUGAUGAUAAUGCAGCAUUCCGUCAAGAAGAAGUAUUUUCAUGGAGAGAUCCAACUCAAGAAGAUCCACAAGAAGCCGAAGCAUCAAAAUAUGGAUUAAACUUUAUUAAAUUAGAUGGUAAUAUUGCUAAUAUUGUUAACGGUGCAGGUUUAGCAAUGGCAACUAUGGAUAUUAUUAAAUUAUAUGGUGGAGCACCAGCUAAUUUCUUAGAUUGUGGUGGUACUGCUACUCCAGAAACUAUUGAAAAAGCUUUUGAAUUAAUUUUAUCAGAUAAAAAAGUUAAUGGUAUUUUUGUAAAUAUUUUUGGUGGUAUUGUUAGAUGUGAUUAUGUUGCAAAAGGUUUAAUUGCUGCUACUAAGAAUUUCCAAUUAGAUAUUCCAGUCGUUGUUAGAUUACAAGGUACUAAUAUGGCUGAAGCUAAAGAAUUAAUUGAUAAUUCUGGAUUGAAAUUAUAUGCUUUUGAAGAUUUAGAUCCAGCUGCUGAAAAAAUUGUUUCAUUAGCUCCAAAAUCAUCAUAA